AUGUCAGAGCACUUGAAGAUCACUUUUAUUGAUCUUGAAAGGCGCAACGCAACAGAGGCAAGAGGUUGGGUAAGCAGUAAUUCCGAGUACGGGUGUUAUCGCUGCGCGCCGAUACCGAUAGUUGUUUCCGAGUUCCGAUCCAUAAUACUGGUUUACUUGCUUAUUCCGGCUUAUAUGCUGUUGAAUUCAAUUCCAUUCAUGCCUCCGGUCUUCCCAUACCUACUUGGCCUAAGCCGGAGUUCAGUCUUCUCCUGUAGGUUCGCCUGGUGCCGGAAUCCUGUCUUCCCUCUUGCCAUACCUACUCCUAUUGGUAGUCAUGUUCCAUACUUGCUUUAG